UUGAUCACGUUUUUUUUUGUAUUUGAACUCAACUACAUCAGUAUUUUGUUUUCAGGAGCGACAUUACGAACACGUCCUCUUCAGUGAUGAAGGUUUGGUUAUUGAUUUUGAGCGUCUUGUUAAUUAUAAAAAUGUAACCUGACCUAAUUGACGGGCUAAAUAUUUCCUCGAUCACCUAGAUACAGAUUAAAUCAUCGAUAUUGGACGGUGGGAUAAAGUUUACCAUUAAGGAAGAAAUUUGAACAAAAUGACAACUGUAGUGGCACCAGUUUCCAGCUCCCUUGCAAUGAAUGCAUCGGAAGAUCAAGGCCAAAGUCUUGAUGAUGCGCCUCCCAUGCCAUGGAUGACCAUUGCCUACUAUACAUGCGAGGUGAUAUUGGGGUUCUGUGCAGCUGUCGGUAAUGCCACCAUAGUGAUAGCCGUAGCUGCCACAAAGAAGCUCCACAACGUACCCAACGCCUACCUAGUCUCCCUGGCCAUAACCGACUUCUGCAUGGGUGUUUUGGGGAUUCCUUCCCUGUUGCUCGCCCUCAACGGUUACCCAAGGAACUAUGGCCUCUGCAUGACGCUUCUGACCAUCGUCCUGCUGCUGGAUCUGUGUUCCAUGUACUCUCUCCUGGCACACACCUUCAACCAGUACUACUCCACUUGCAGACCCCUCCAUUAUCCAACCAUCAGUACCACCAACCGGGUCAUACUUCAUGUGUUUCUGGCUUGGGCUUUCCCUCUCGCCAUCGCUUUGGUCAUGCCGAUUGGUUGGAACAACGGCGAUCCUUCAAAGGGCCUCUGUGUUUUGAUAGAGAUUGUUAGUAUGGACUUCUUGGCCUUCAUGUUCUUCGUUGGCAUGAUACCCCCUUUCAUCGCUAUGUGCAUCAUGUACCGCAGUAUAUUCAAAGCUAUUUCAAAACAGAUGCGUCAACUGGAGGACCUAGAGAAGAUAAGGACCCGACUACAAGUGCCAGCUUCAUCUCGUGGCGCCUCAAAGAAUGGUUCUUCAAGCGUUAAAGAUAAUGAUGAUACGACAAGAAAAUCAGUGGAUGUUUUGGCGCCAACUGGUAAAACGCAGAAUAACAAAUCCGAUGACGAUGGCAGCAAUUGUGGGAAUACAGAUAGAAGAGAUAAAGAUGUUAAUGAAAAAAGUAAGGGAACUGGCAGCGUCGCGAAUUCAUUCAAGCGAGUAGAAGCAGAACGCAAGAAAGCGCUAUUCUUUUGCUUUCUCAUGCUUUUUCUCUUCUGCACGUGGUGUCCGAUAUUCACUCUUGAUAGUAUCAUUGCCUUUGGAAUCGUCCCAAGUAUCAACCAGCACGCUCUUAACCUCGCCGUUCUCUUAAGCCAUUUCAACAGUGCUUUUAACCCCGUCAUCUACGCGCGCAAGAGUGAGUUUCGGCUUGUUUUUAGACGAUGGUGGGCGAGAAUAACGUGCCAAAAUCGUCGCGUGCAUGGAGAAGGCAGUGGCGUAAACUCCGUGUCUACCGUAGGCUGAAGAAAUCAAUAAAGGCUCUGUCUAAUUGAAAUCAAAUUUACCCCUUCUUGUUUUUGUAAAUAAAAUGUUAAUCUGACAGCGGGUAUAAAUAGUGUAACAUAUUUACCCAAGGGUGCAGGUGUGCUCUGUUUACUCUAUAUGGCGACAGAGAACACAGAGCCGUGCACAUCUGACAUUGACUAACUGAUAAGUGAUUACACAAAGUUUAUGCCAAUAAAGGAAAUAAAUUGCUUUGAGUAAUUCAGUUUUCCCUAUAAACAGAUUCAUCUUGUACGAUGAAGGAAAUAUAUAUCUAUAAUUUUUAAAUGUUCGCCUACCAUGUUUUAGUUCUAUUUUUUUGUAAAGAUUAUGAUCAAUAACACUGGCGGCAACAUGUUACCUAAUAUACAUCCACUCCAAAUAAUAGGCCCUUUGGGAAAAUAUUUCCACUAUUCAUUUUUCGUCUUUUCUUCUUAUUACGUCCUUUUCAAUUUUUUUCUCAUUUUAUCUAAAUAUCGUUUAUUAAUUACUUCGAAAAUCAUAAGGGCAAUCGGUCUUUGUUCAUUCACGUUGUGCUGUGGCGUUGUGACCGGCUGCAUUUUUUUAUUAAUCACCUUUAGAGAGGAUUUGAAAUGCAAUUUAUUCACUUCCGAUGGAAAUAUACAUAUUGCAUCAUGUUUAAGCGUAUUAUCUUGUUAUUGUGUGAUCAUGAAUGUAAUCAAUGAUAUAUUCGGAGAUUUUAGACUUAGAUUUUGACUUAUUUCGUCUUUAGCACAUGUUGAACUCGU